UCUAGAGAUCUGACAACAUUCCAGACACCUCUAGGGACGUUUCACUUGACAGUAUUGCUAAUGGGUUACACUAACUCAGUACAGAUUCUGUAUAAUGACUUAGUGUUUAUUCUUUGCAACAAGAUUCUGGAUGUUACAAACCUAUACACAGACAAUGUUCUGAGAGUACAGAAGUUUGUUUAUGAGCAUCUGAUGGAUGUAAACUGGAUUUUGCAGAGAGUGAAAGCUGUAGGAGGAACGUUUUCUGGAAAGAAGAUAAUGCUUUACAACAAAUCUACAAUAUUUGUUGGGCAUAAGCUAAUGUAUUUGGGGAGAGAGGCUGAAGAAUUGCAAAUACAGAAGGUUAGGGAUUGGCUGCCUUGCAAGAGUGUUAUGGAAGUAUGGGGAUUUCUCAGAACAGUAGGAGUGCUUCAUGUUUUUAUUUGGAAUUACACAAAGUUAGUACAACUACUCAAUUGA